AUGCGUGGACUUGUAAUUGGCGCAAGUGGCCGAACAGGCAAGCUGGUUAUCGAUGAACUUCGACACCGAGGUCAUCAGGUUACCGCCUUGGUUCGCAACCCAGACUCAAUGAAUGGAUACGACGUCGAUAUCGUCAAAGGUACACCGACUAAUUUAGUCGACGUGAGGGCAGCUUUCAAAUACGGACACGCAGACUUUGUGAUCGUUACUCUUAGCGCACCUCGAGCCAGUGAUAGCCCAUUCGCUGCACCAAUCUCUCCACCCCGACUCAUGGCUGACUGCAACGAUAAUAUCACUACAGCUAUGAAUGAGUUUGGAGUUUUCAAGAUCGUCGUUCUUCAAGCACUUGGCGUCGGCGCAUCAUGGGACAAUAUGUCCUGUGUCUUGCAGUUGUUGAUGAGCAAAUCUAACAUGCGAUUCCAAUACGAUGACCACAACCACACCGACCGCGAGGUCCGCCAAAAGGGAGUCACAUUUGUUUUUGUUCGGCCCGCCAGGCUCGUAGACAGUGAUGUGAUGACAAUCCGUGAUUGGGCAAAUGAUGGGAAGGGCAUACCCCUAAUGGCAUCCUGUAGCAGGAAGAGUGUGGCAAAUUUUCUGGUUGACGCUGCUCUUGAGAUCAAAUACGACAACAAGGCGCCUGUGAUCUCAAAUUGA